ACUGACGCACCACUUCCGGAUUUGGAUGUACUCUGUCGACUGGCCGUACCAGAGUAGCAACACAGCUUUCCUGGGUACCUUCAUUUGUCUUUGGAAUACAUUUAUCCGAGAUAUUAGUCCGGUGCAGUCGCUUGAGUCAUGCCGCAGUUCAACCGACCGAGUCCCCGGAGUCCUCGACACCGGAGAAGUCGCACUCCUCGCUCCCGCAGCCCCAGCCGAGAGAGGAGCUUGUCCCCGGACAGUUUCGGGCCCAAGCCACCGAAGCCUCGCAACAGGGAGCGCGAACGAGAAGAGAGGGAGCAUCGACUCAGGGAGGCCAAAACUAUCAAACGGUUCCGAAUUGGAAGUCCCCGCCGCAGUCGAUCCCGAUCCAGAGAGAGACACACCAGCAGCGGCGGCGUCAACCACAGUCGCUGGGCAGAGCAAAAGGACGCUCCGUGGAGGCACGGUGGCUUCAGAGACGACUUCUACUACGACCAGCAGAGAGACGACGCUCACAGGCAGAGACAAGAGGAAUUAAUGGCAAGGCGACUGCAGGAGCGAGAGAGGAUUGGAGAGCAAGGCUGUCCCGAAGUGUGGGGAUAUUCUCCCAGGGUAAAAGAAGAAGACUCUGAUGAAUUUACACCAGUCGAAGAAAAUGACAAAAAUGUCAGCUCGGGGUCUGAAGACGAGAAAAGGAAGAAAAAGAAGAAAUCCAAGAAAAGAAAACACAAGAAGAAUUCAGACAGCGGUUUGGACUCAGAUUCAGAUGAGGACAAGGUAAAGAAGAAGAAAAAGAAGAGCAAGAAGUCCAAAAAGUCCAAGAAGAAGAAGAAGAAGGCCAAGAAGAGCCGCAAGUCAUCGAGCGAGUCCAGCAGCGGCGAGUCUGAGGAGGAGGAAGAGGAGGAGGAUCCCAGCGAGGUGACGUGGGUUGAGAAAACGUGCACGGAUGAACACCUGGUGGGACCCGAAGCUCCGCUCACUCACCUGUCUCAGGACGAACGACCUCUAGAUUUUGGUCACGCUCUCCUGCCGGGAGAAGGUGCCGCCAUGGCAGAAUACGUGAAGGCCGGAAAACGUAUUCCAAGGAGAGGAGAGAUUGGCCUCACCAGUAACGAGAUCGCCGAUUUUGAGAAGUCAGGCUACGUCAUGAGCGGCAGCAGACAUCGCCGCAUGGAGGCUGUACGUCUGAGAAAGGAGAACCAGAUCUACAGCGCUGACGAAAAGAGAGCGCUGGCCUCCUUCAACCAGGAAGAAAGACGCAAAAGGGAAAGCAAGAUCUUGUCCAGUUUUCGAGAGAUGGUUUACAGGAAGACCAAAGGAAAGGAGGACAAGCCUUAAGUGUUGUCAGUCAACGUGCAGUGGUUUGUUACAGAUGGAAAUGCUAUUUGUAAAUAAAUAUGGAUUUCAUGUUUGGAGUCCACUCCUACAAGCCUAUUUUGUACCAUAGACAGACCCAUUUGGAUCAUACUGUUAUUGUUUUUUGUUGCCAUGUUAAUAAAAUGAUUUCUUGCAACUACCA